UUAGCUGGGCCGAGCGGCCCAACCAGCACACACCUUCACUCUUUUCUUUGUUCGCUGUUGGCUGAAGCCUGAAGCUUUCUCGGUUAGGCUUGGCCGCCCUCUGAAUCUGAUACAAGUUACAACCUCUCUGUGUUCUCUUCUUGGUUGUCUCUCUCUCUGUUGUAAUAUAUUUAUAUAUGACCAUGUCAAUAAAUGGAGGAAUGGAGGUGAAGAAAGUGUUUAUAGGAGCAGGGUGCAACAGGGUUGUGAACAAUGUUUCAUGGGGAGCUUGUGAUUUGGUAGCCUUUGGUGCCCAAAACGCCGUUGCUAUAUUCUCCCCCAAGACUGCACAGAUUCUGACAACUCUACCGGGUCACAAAGCCUCUGUGAAUUGCACCCAAUGGCUUCCAAGUAACAAAUUUGCAUUUAAAGCUAAAGAGUUAGAGAAGCACUACCUUCUCUCUGGAGAUGCUGAUGGUGCCAUUAUUCUGUGGGAAUUUUCUCUUCUUGAAAGAAAGUGGAGGUAUGUGUUACAAGCACCACAAUCACACAAGAAGGGUGUCACAUGCAUUACUGGAAUUAUGGUUACUGAAACUGAGGCAAUUGUUGCCUCAACUUCUUCAGAUGGUAAAGUCCAUGUAUGGGAAGUGUUGUUCCCAUCUACUACUGGAGGUGAUUGUAAAUUGCAAUGUCUGGAAACUCUCUUUGUUGGUUCGAAACCUAUGGUGGCACUUUCAUUAGCAGAAUUGCCUGGAAAUACCGGUCAUUUAGUUCUAGCAAUGGGAGGAUUGGAUAACAAGAUUCAUCUUUACUGUGGGGAGAGGACAGGAAAGUUUCUUCGUGCUUGUGAAUUAAAAGGGCAUACGGAUUGGAUCCGAAGUCUGGACUUCUCAUUACCUAUAUGCACCAAUGGUGAACCAAAUAGUAUUCUACUUGUAAGUUCGUCUCAGGACAAAGGCAUACGCAUAUGGAAGAUGGCUCUAAGGAGUUCUCUUUGCAGCACUCAGAGUGCAUACAGGAAAGAAGAAAUGAGUCUUGCAUCUUAUAUUGAAGGCCCUGUGCUUGUAGCUGGUUCAUCCUCUUAUCAAAUAUCUUUGGAAUCUCUUCUAAUUGGACAUGAAGAUUGGGUAUAUUCAGUCGAGUGGCAACCCCCUUCAACUGAAUCUGUAGAAGGGAUUGGUUACUAUCAACCUCAAAGCAUCUUAUCUGCAUCUAUGGACAAGACAAUGAUGAUCUGGCAACCUGAAAAGAAUUCUGGUAUCUGGAUGAAUGUUGUCACUGUUGGAGAAUUAAGUCAUUGUGCUUUGGGGUUUUACGGUGGCCAUUGGAGCCCAAGUGGGGAUUCAAUUUUAGCACAUGGAUAUGGUGGAUCUUUCCAUGUCUGGAAAAAUGUUGGUGUGGACCUGGAUAAUUGGCAACCUCAAAAAGUUCCCUCUGGGCACUUUGCAGGAGUGACAGAUAUUGUGUGGGCAAGAUCUGGUGAAUACAUACUGUCAGUUAGCCAUGACCAGACAACUCGAAUAUAUGCUUCAUGGCAAAAUGAAGCUUCUCUUAGUGAUGGGGACUCUUGGCAUGAAAUUGCACGUCCCCAGGUUCAUGGUCAUGAUAUUAAUUGUGUGACCAUUGUCCAAGGAAAGGGGAACCAUCGAUUUGUCAGUGGAGCUGAUGAGAAAGUGGCCAGAGUUUUUGAAGCUACUUUGUCUUUUUUGAAGACAUUGAACCAUGCCACCUCACAGAAUAUUAGUUUACCUGAAGAUCUCCAAGCAGAUGUUCAGGUUUUGGGUGCAAAUAUGUCUGCUCUUGGGCUAUCACAGAAACCCAUCUAUGUUCAGGCCACGCAUGAUACCCUGGACCGAAAUGGGAAUGAGGGCCUUGACACCCUUGAAACUAUUCCUGAUGCUGUUCCAACUGUGUUGACUGAACCUCCAAUUGAAGAUCAACUGGCAUGGCAUACACUGUGGCCAGAAUCACACAAACUUUAUGGUCAUGGGAAUGAAUUGUUUUCUUUAUGCUGUGACCAUGAGGGGAAGCUUGUCGCUUCAUCAUGCAAGGCCCAAUCAGCAACAGCAGCCGAAAUUUGGCUAUGGCAAGUGGGUUCAUGGAAGGCAGUUGGUCAGUUGCAGUCUCAUAGCUUAACCGUGACACAGAUUGAGUUCUCUCAUGAUGACAGCAUGCUUUUGGCUGUUUCAAGGGAUCGCCAAUUCUCCGUUUUCACAAUCAAAAGAACAGGCACAGAUGAAAUCAGUUACCAGCUCCUAGCAAGGCAGGAGGCACACAAAAGAAUUAUCUGGUCAUGCUCUUGGAAUCCAUAUGGUCAUGAAUUUGCAACGGGUUCACGGGACAAAACAGUGAAGAUCUGGGCUGUUGAUAAGGGAUCUUCUGUUAAGCUGCUUCUGACUUUGCCACAAUUCAAUAGCAGCGUCACAGCAUUAUCUUGGGUUGGUCUUGGUCACCAGAAAAACGAUGGCUUCCUAGCAGUUGGAAUGGAAAGUGGACUCAUUGAACUUUGGAGUCUGUCUGUCAACAGAGCCGAUGAUGGCAGCGGUUCAGCAGCAGGUGUAGCUGUUGCUGUUGCAGUAAAACUUGAUCCCUUCAUGUGCCAUGUCUCUGCAGUAAACCGUUUAGCAUGGAAAGGCCCCAAGAAGAGUGAAAAUUGCAAGAACAUACAGCUUGCUUCUUGUGGUGCUGAUAAUUGUGUUAGGGUGUUUGAGGUAAAUGUUGAUUACGCGGAAAAUUAGUAUUUGUAUCUAUAUACAUAAUUUUGCUAAUCCCUAUUUUGAUGGCUGAUUAUAAUUACUUAAAUUCUUUCUAAUGGAAAUAUGCUUGUUCUA